AUGAACGACAAGGACGACAAGGACCAGUCACUUCUACAGCUUAGCCGGCACCAUCGCACGUCCAUCGUCUCGCAGCUCGUCAACAUAGGCAGUAAGUGCAACCAGCAAGAGCAUGUUAAGUUUCGCCGCUUCAUCAGCAGCCUCCAGUGUCUCCAGCCCAGAGGCUCGGAGAUGCGCCGCCGGUCGAUAAACGCUUUCCGCCAGCGGCAGUACGUCGCGCUGUCCUACACCUGGACUCCGUCGAAGCACGAAAACCCGGAAUCCGGGUGGUACUCCAUCGAAGACUGGGACGAUGAGUAUCAACCCUCGUCGGUCCGGAAAUGCAUCCUCGACCGCGUCCUCUGUUAUAUGCGCCACACCGGCGUCCGCUUCCUUUGGAUCGAUGCCCAUUGCAUUCGUCAAGACACAUGCGUCAUCGACGAUUGUGCUCGCCACUCUCACUGCGUCGAGAAACGCAACGCCAUACAAGCCAUGGACCUCGUCUACCAGCUCAGCGAGCACCCCGUGGCAUUGCUGGGCCGGCCGCUGAAGACCGAAUCCGAGUUAUACCUCCUUAGGCGAAUCCUCUCGGGGGCCCUUGUCGACGGCGAUCGCAAGUUUCAGGUUUCUACAGUGACAGUUGUUCAGGUGGCGAGGACGGCACUGCUGCUGCUCAGCAAGAUCACGCAGGACAGCUGGUGGUGUCGUGCCUGGACAUUCCAGGAGCACUACCGCGGCGGAACGCAUAUGCAGUUGUUGAUCCGCCACGACCCGUCCCUGGAGCCGCAGAAGCGGCGCCAUAGCGUAUUCGGCAGAAUAUCGGGCGAGCUGUGCAUACCGUUCAUCAUGUUCUCCACGCAGGCGACGCGGCUGUGCCUGGCGCUUCGCGGGCUGGCAGGGCUGUCGCCGCCGGACGCGAAGCGGAUCGAUGGCGUGCUCCGAGCAGCCGGAAGAUAUGGACUCACGGUACACAGCUCAAGCUCCAUGACCCCAACGGUAAUCGACGAUAUCGAGGCGCGCGAGUUGUCGAAGCCAUGGGACCGGCUUGCCAUUAUAGCCAACUGCUGUCAAUACCCAGUGCGGUUGGACGGCGGAGCGCUCAGCCGGCAGGGUCAAAGCCUCAGUUUAUCAGUGCUAGCCAUGUGUCUACUCAACGGCGAGAUCCUCAACAACGGCAACAAUAACACGUCAUCAAUAGCCGAGCUAACAACUUCAGAAUUUCUCAACAAGAUGAUGUUCCGGCAAUUCAACGCGCCUGAAGACGACAUGCGGAAAUUGACUUUUAACAAAGGCUGCCGGCUGACCGGCGUGGAGUUGAUAGCGGGCGGCAUCGCAACAAAAGGCCACCUGUGGAAGCUGGGCCCUAUCAUCGAUACCGCAACGUUCCGGCGGGAGUUGCCGUGGGUCGAAGAUCCGAGGGGUCGUUUAACACUGAAUGCGCGGAAGCGCUUGCUGCAGCUUGUGUUUUGCUUAUAUGAUCUGGACUGCGACUGGCUCGCCGACCGAAUCCGCGAGCACCUCGACGCUGACGUCGACGCCGCCGGGGAAGAGCACCGCUCCUUUACCGACAUGCAUCUUCACCGCAUGGCUGCCGAGCUAGCGACGGCGAUCCUGGCCCGCCGGAAGCUGAGGCUAGGUAGGAUUUGGAACGACUCAGAGCAGCCAGCGCUGUAUCGCGCCAUUUUCGUGUGCUCAGACCUAGGCGACGACGGAGCGUACCCGCCCGCGGCUUUCGCCUUCACAUCGGCAUGGGAGGGCGUUCCUGGCUCGCAGACAUACGAUGCUAACGAUAUCGACCGCCACGUCUCUCUCGAGGUCGAAAAGGGGGGAUCACUAGGCAGCAGCGGCGUGCCGCAACUCCGCGUCCGCAGGUGGCUGCUGGGCAUGUGUUUUUGGGUAACCUUGCCCUCUUAG